UGUCUUUCAUUUUUUAUUUUAAAGAAUGCGGAAAUUGCUGACCCUUGGCCUGUGCUGCUUGCUUGCCGCCAGCUGGUGGGAACAUUCCCCGGCAAUGGCACUGAGACGAGUUUUGGUCACAGGUGGCAAUAAGGGCAUUGGCCGUGCACUUUGCCAACAGCUGGCGGCAGACCAUGGAUUUUACGUUUUCCUGGGAAGUCGAGAUGCGCAGAGGGGAAAGGAGGCAGUGGAGAGCAUUUUGCUGAAAAGCCCUGAGUGCCAAGAUCGCCUGCAGUUCCUUCCCCUGGAUGUGGCCUCGGACACGUCGGUGGCGAAAGCUGCCGAGAUGCUGCGAGAACAGUAUGGAGCUGAGGCACUCUAUGGCAUCGUGAACAACGCAGGCGUGGGAUUUCAGACUUCCAUGGCCGAGACGCUGAACAUCAACACAUAUGGUCCAAAGCGCGUUUGCGACCACUUCUUGCCACUGAUCGACCCCCAGGAGGGCCGCAUCGUGAAUACCGCCUCGGCUUCGGGUCCCAACUACAACAGCGCAGCUGCGUCAGCCGAAAGGGCGAUGCUCACCAGCCCAGACGUGACAUGGGAGGAGCUCGACGCAUGCAUGCAGAAGGCCAUCCAGGAGCCAGCUGGUCGACAACCAUAUGGCUUUUCAAAAGCCUGCUUGAUUGCCUACACGAUGAUCCUAGCCCGCGAGCAUCCCACUUUGAAGAUCAACGCCAUGACACCUGGGUACAUCCUCACCGACAUCACUCGGGGCAUGGGGGCAAGCAAGCCUCCGGAGGAGGGCACCAAAGCGGCCAUAUAUUGCCUCACCGGUGAGUUGAAGGGCAAUGGCUGGUACUACGGAUCGGACGCCUUGAGAAGCCCCAUCGACCGCUACCGUGCGCCGGGAGAUCCACCCUAUGAGGGGCCGUAAAUGGCGGCGUAGAAUGGGGAGAGAGAGAGAGAGAGCCAAGCUGGCCAAAGCUGCUUGACCCAGCAAGGUGACAUAAAAA